GAAAUUUGAUACACGCAAAGACGAAGAGAAGGGGCAUGGAAACGAGGGUAAAACGACACAAGGAAGUAGGAAUACAGAACGGGAGAAGUCCCUAUUCCCUCCUGGUCGUUCCUGUCAGGGCGUGUGAGUGAAUAACAGGUUUACGAGGCUGCAGCUGCUGGCAAUUCCUGCUUGGGAGUUUCUGUUUAUGACGACUUCCUCUAAGCUCAAAGGUUGCUCAGGUUUAGUAAACAGGACCGGAUCCACACAGAGAAGUGAAGGAGAUGCAGAAGAUGGAGCUCGAGUCUUUCUCACCGGUGUCCACCGUUGCUGUUUGUGGUGGGACACACGGAAAUGAGCUGACGGGGGUUUACGUUGUGAGAGAAAUGCAGAAGCAGAAGGUGGAAAAGGUGGGAUUGACUUCAGUAGAUGUUGUUCUGACAAAUCCGCGGGCCGUUGCCCUCGGUCGAAGAUACGCCGAGAUGGAUCUCAACCGCUGUUUCAGUGACGCCCACCUGAGUUCCCCUCUGACAGAGUCAAGUGUGUAUGAGGUGAGGCGAGCUCAAGAGCUGAAUGCUCAGCUGGGACCCAAAGGAAGUGAGGCGGCGGUAGAUCUACUCAUAGACCUGCACAACACAACCGCCAACAUGGGCGUGUGCCUCCUCUUCUACUCCAUAGACUGGCUCACCCUGCACAUCUACAGGUACAUAAAGAACAAAAUGUCUCCUUUGCCCGUAAGAGCAAUUGAUGUGGGCGUUCCAAUUUCUGAUGCUUACUCCCUGGAAGCAGUGGGAAAGCAUGGAUUCGCGAUAGAAGUUGGCCCUCAGCCCAACGGCGUCCUCAGGGCUGACAUCUUCAACAUGAUGAAGAAAACGGUGGACCUCACAAUGGACUGGAUCCAGGAGUUUAACUCUGGAUGCACUUUUGAAGCAGGCGAGGUGGAAGUGUUCACUGUGGUAAAAAGUGUGGACUACCCAAGGGACCAGACUGGUGAAAUCACCGCUACUAUACACCCUGAGCUGCAGGAUAAUGAUUUUAAGCUCUUGCGCCGCGGGGAUCCAGUGUUCCUGUCGUUUACCGGAGAGACGGUGGAGCACGAGGGAGACGAGCUCCACCCGUUCUUUGUGAAUGAAUGUGCCUACUAUGAGAAGAAGAUUGCUUUCCACUUGGGUCAGAAGACAACUUUCCAACUGCCUCCUGUUUGCAUGAAGAAGAACUGAGAGAGGACCAAGAGCUUCCUCACUUAAAAGCAAUGAGAGAAACUGGAAACAUGACUACCUCUGUUAAAUGGGAUUAAAGAUUAUCUGUAACACUUA